AUCAGACAUCUUCACCUGCAGCCCGGCGGACAGAGGAAGCCACUGAUGACACACGACCACGGGAAUAAUGUGAAUGAGCGUUAUUUUCUCCACAGUCAAGAGAGUGUUCGGGGCCCAAAACGCGUUAUCUGGCAUCGUUUGGGGCCGCUAAUCCGCGUGUGCCAAAUAAAUCCAAUCUGACAGGGCAUUUGCAUCAUGAGACUGGAUUGUUAAUAUCCAUAGAGAGAGAGAGAGCUAAGCUGUAACGGGGAGGAGGAGAGAGUGAGGGAGAGAGAGAGGGAGAGGGAGGGUGUGUACGAGAGAGCGAGCGAGAGAGAGAGAGGGAGAGAGGAUCGAGUCAUCAGGGUAAGCUCAACCAUCCACAGACUGUGAAGUGCAAGUGCCACAAGGAGACUAUAUUCCUCUAGAAUAAUGGAUGGGACAAAGCCGGCCAUGGAGUCCACCGCGGAGGAGACUCAGGACGAGGGACAGGAGAGCAAAGGAUGCUUCGAGUGCUGCAUCAGGUGUCUGGGCGGGGUGCCCUACGCCUCGCUGGUGGCCACCAUCCUCUGCUUCUCGGGCGUGGCCCUGUUCUGCGGCUGCGGCCACGUGGCGCUGAGCGGCACCCUGACCAUGCUGGAGAACCACUUCUCCACCGUCGCCGCGGACCACGCCGCCCUCGCCAUGGUGAUCCAGAUCUUUCAGUACAUCAUCUACGGCGUCGCCUCCUUCUUCUUCGUCUACGCCAUCCUCCUGCUGGCGGAGGGCUUCUACACCACCAGCGCCAUCAAGAAGGAGCUGCAGAGCGACUUCAAGACCACCGUCUGCGGGCGCUGCAUCACGGCCUUCUUCAUGUUCCUGACCUACAUCCUCUUCCUCGCCUUCCUCGCCAUCUUCGGCUUCACGGCGAUCCCCGUCUUCCUCUUCUUCAACAUGUGGACCACCUGCGCCGCCAUGAAGGCCCCCGGCGCCAACAUCACCUCGCCCGACUCCAUCUGCGUGGACGUCAGGCAGUACGGUAUCAUUCCCUGGAACGCCACUCCGGGAAAAGCCUGCGGAGCCACUCUGGGAGACAUCUGCAACACCAGCGAGUUCUACCUGUCCUACCACCUCUACAUCGUCGCGUUCGCCGGCGCCGGCGCCACCGUCAUCGCACUGAUCCACUACCUGAUGAUUCUGGGCGCCAACUGGGCCUACCUGAAGAGCGCCGUCUCCACGCACGAGUACCAGGACAUCAAGACCAAGGACGACCAGGACCUGGAGGCCGAGGCGCGCUCCAAGGAGGGCCAGAACUCCUCCUCCUACUCCUAAGGACAUUGUCUCCCACGACUCCCCCCCCCCCCCUAAACUCCCACCUCCCACUCACCUUGCAACAACACAAACCCCGCCCCUUUCCCCCGACACCUCCUGAUCCGCAGGCUCCCACCAGACGGUGGGGGGGGGGACGACGGGACACGGAGCAGCGGAGACGCGGCACCCCCCCCCAUACACCUCCCUUGGGAGCGGGAGAGCUCGCCCCCUCCCUUGGGUUUUGGGAAGCUGUGAUGGGCCCCUCGCGCCCUGAUCCGGCACCACUUACACAAAAAAACAACAACAACAACAACGACAACAAAAAAAACAUUGUUUCACUGCUUCAGCCACAGGCGAAGCCGGGCAGCGACCCCCCUCCUCCAUUUUUUUUGGUGUUUUAUAUGCAUAUAUAUAUGAAUAUGAAUAUAUUGUGCGAAUGUGUACGAAUGUUGUUGUUUUUAAUACUCUCUGGAAAGUAUGACAGGUACUAUUACGACCUUCUUUACCUUUUUUUGCGCUUGUUGGGAUCUUUCUUUCCCCCCCCCUCCCCCUCCUCCCUUAACUUAUUCUCCAUUUUUGACUUUUUAUUGGUCUAUUCUGUUACCAAUCCAAAAUAAAUAAAACAGAAAAGCCCCCCCCCCCCCCC